AUGGCCAAGAAAAGCGUUCGCGAUGUCCCCCCGGUUCCGGGCAUCUCCCAGGCCACCGUCACCUCUGGUCCUGUCCCUCAACCUCAGCCUCCGGUUGAGGUUCAGGUUCAGCAGCCCAAGCCUGUGGUCCUCACCAGGAAGGGUGACCCCAGGGCAAACGUGCAGUGGAACAAGGUCAUUCCUACCCUCUGGAGCCACUAUGUCGACAACACUCCCCAGCGCAUCAAGCUAGUCGAUGCCUUUAUGAUGUUCCUCGUCGUCGUCGGCGUUAUUCAGUUCAUCAACUGCGCCCUUCUGGGUACUUUCCCCUUCAACGCUUUCCUCUCUGGAUUCUGUGUGACGGUUGGACAGUUCGUCUUGACAGCUUCUCUACGACUUCAAACAAACGAGGCCUCCAAGACCGACUGCCCCUCAGUGUCCCCCGAAAGGGCAUUCGCCGACUAUGUCGUCUGCAGCAUCAUCUUGCAUUUCUUCGCCAUCAACUUCAUCAACUAG